GGAGUGACGGGUCGGAAGGCGGAGAGGGAAGAUGGCGGCGCCGGAGGAGCGGGAGCUGAGCCAGGAGCAAACCGAAAAAUUGCUUCAGUUUCAGGACUUAACAGGUAUUGAAUCAAUGGACCAAUGUCGCCAAACCCUGCAGCAACACAAUUGGAAUAUUGAGGCUGCUGUUCAGGACAGAUUGAAUGAACAGGAGGGGGUCCCCAGCGUCUUUAAUACUGCUCCCAGCCGGCCUUUGCAGGUGAACACAGCGGACCACAGAGUAUACAGUUAUGUGGUUUCACGACCACAGCCAAGGGGGCUUUGGGGAUGGGGUUACUACCUGAUCAUGCUUCCAUUCCGCAUCACGUAUUACACACUACUUGACGUAUUUAGGUUUGCUAUUCGUUUUAUCCGGCCAGACCCUCGCAGCCGUGUCACUGACCCCGUGGGAGACAUUAUCUCCUUUAUACAGUCGUUUGAGGAGAAGUAUGGCAGAAAUCACCCUGUGUUUUACCAGGGGACCUAUAGCCAGGCCCUAAAUGAUGCCAAGCAGGAGCUGCGGUUCUUGUUGGUUUAUCUGCAUGGUGAAGAUCAUCAGGACUCUGAUGAAUUCUGCAGGAACACACUCUGCACUCCUGAGGUGACUCAGUUCAUUAGCAGUAGGAUGCUGUUUUGGGCAUGCUCGACCAACAAGCCGGAGGGAUUCAGAGUUUCCCAGGCCUUGCGUGAGAACACCUACCCUUUUCUAGCCAUAAUUAUGUUGAAGGACCGCAAGAUGACUGUAGUUGGGAGAUUGGAAGGGUUAAUUCAGCCACAAGACUUAAUUAAUCAACUAACGUUUAUAAUGGAUGCCAACCAGACUUACCUUGUGUCAGAGAGACUGGAACGAGAGGAGCGAAAUCAAACCCAGGUGCUGCGGCAACAACAGGAUGAGGCUUAUUUGGCAUCACUGCGUGCUGAUCAGGAAAAGGAACGCAAGAAGAGAGAAAAGCAAGAGCAAAAGAGAAGAGAGGAGGAAGAGGAACAGCUCAGGCAACUGGCAGAAGAAAGGAAGAAACAGAACUUACAGGAAGAAAAGGAGCGGAAAUCUGAGUGUCUUCCUGCAGAGCCUCCACCAGAUCAUCCCGAUGGUUUGAAAAUCAUUUUCAAGAUGCCAAACGAUACAAGAGUGGAGCGGAGAUUCCUUUUCACACAGUCCCUAUCAGUGAUUCACGAUUUCCUCUUCUCCCUGAAGGAAACUCCAGAGAAGUUCCAGAUAGUGGCAAAUUUCCCCCGACGAGUGCUGCCGUGCCUUCCCAGCGAGGAAGAUCCUGUGCCACCUACCCUCCAGGAGGCUGGACUCAGUCGCUCCCAGCUACUCUUUGUACAGGAUCUCACAGACGAUUGACACUAUAUAAAUAUAUAUAUUUUUGCAUCCCAAGAAGCUUGGGAAUGAAGGAAAAAAUAGAAAAAAAGCAGGUAGGGAGGAAUGAGAUACGUAAUCUCAUAACAACAUUAUUUUUUUAAUGGUUGCUGCUACUGACUUUGGAUCCUAGUAUCCUCGCCCAGACAAGGAGGGUAAAGCAGUUUGUAGCAGUGUUUUUUUUUUUUUUUUCUCCUCACUGGAAGGGGACAAUGGCUAAGUGACCAUGAACAUAAAGAUGCAGGUAGAUGUUGCAGGGUUCCACAUCUAUAUUUGUUAUUUCUUUCCUUUUAAUUUUUUUUGGAACUGACAAAGCCUUUUCACCUACAGGAGGGCUCUAUUCUCCCCCCAUUUAUCUUGGCAAUGGAAGAAUCCUCUCUACCGAGUUAACGGCCCAAAAUUCACUUUCUGCCUAGAUUUCUGGGGAUAACUAUUGUGAGUUUUUUUUCCUUCGAGGAACAAGAGGAAAAUGAUUUCCUCAUUCUGUGUAACAGUUUUUUCUUGCUUUCUAAAAGACCAAAGGAGAGAGAUUGGCAGCUGUCUUUGCUCAGUUUUGAAUGGAUUUUUGGCAGAUCCUGCAUGUAGCAAGGUGUGUGUGUGUGACUGAUCUUGCUUUGGGAUUGGGGAUGGUUACCAAACCCCUGUAUUGUAAUAAAGGCAAUAUAUAGUGACUGGUCUCCCUGCUUAGAUGCCUUCUCUUGUCACUAGUAUUCUAUAUGUCCCUACUGGACUAUAUUCCAGAUUAUAAUUUAUUCCAAAUAUAAAUUAAAAACAUUUUAGAAUUUUGCUGUGUGUUAAGUGUGUAUAUAUAUAUAUAUAUGUAUUGAAUGCCUGUGAAUGUAAGGAAGACUGGUUUUGUGGAACCUACUUUCUGCAUAUGUUGCAGAUUAGUCAAUUAAAUAUUUUUUCCCCCAAGUUAAA